UUAGUCCCAUGGUCCCAACACCGCAUGCGUAGUCUCAUUGGAGCCGUAUAGUCCUCCCAGCAGCCUGGGGAUAUUCUCAGGCCGAACUGCCGCUCUCGCUUCGAAUUCUUACGCGCUCUCUUCGUCUCCUCCCCUCUUCCAUCCAUGGGUUUGCCGAAGUGGGAGGGGGUGGUGGAGGGCGUUUCCCCGGUCGCCGCGCAGCGUCACUCCCAGCAUGCAGCGCGGGCCGCCCCUGCCACUGCCGCCGCUCCUGUCCCUGCAGCCGCCGCUGCCACCGCCUCUCCGCCUGCUGCCGUCACUUUCGCAGCUGCUGCCGCUCCGGAGCUGGAAGACAUGGCGGAGGGUGGCGCGGCGGAUCUGGAGACCCAACGCUCGGAUAUCGCGGCGCUGCUCAAGACGGCUCUCCGCAAGGGCGACACCUGGUAUUUAGUGGAUAGUCGUUGGUUCAAACAAUGGAAAAAAUAUGUUGGAUUUGACAGCUGGGACAAGUAUCAAAUGGGAGAUCAGAAUGUUUAUCCUGGUCCUAUUGAUAAUUCUGGACUUCUCAAAGAUGGGGAUUGUCAAUAUCUUAAAGAGCAUCUUAUUGAUGAGCUAGACUACAUUCUUUUACCAACUGAAGGAUGGAACAAACUGGUUAGCUGGUAUACUCUUCUGGAAGGUCAAGAACCUAUUGCACGCAAGGUAGUUGAACAGGGUAUGUUUGUCAAGCACUGCAAGGUAGAAGUUUAUUUGACAGAAUUGAAAUUAUGUGAAAAUGGAAAUAUGAACAAUAUAGUGACACGAAGAUUUAGUAAAGCUGAUACGAUAGAUACAAUUGAAAAAGAAAUAAGGAAAACCUUCAGUAUUCCAGAUGAAAAAGAAACAAGAUUGUGGAACAAAUAUAUGAGUAAUACCUUUGAACCUUUGAAUAAACCAGACAGUACAAUACAGGAUGCUGGCUUAUACCAGGGACAGGUAUUAGUGAUAGAACAAAAAAAUGAAGAUGGAACAUGGCCUAGAGGUCCUUCAGCUCCAAAGUCCCCAAGUGCAUCCAAUUUUCCAACUUUACCAAAGAUCUCUCCAUCUCUAUCAAAUAUUUAUAACAACAUCAACAACAGAAACAUGAAAAAUUCAAACUACUGCCUUCCUUCAUACACUGCUUAUAAAAAUUAUGACUACUCAGAGCCAGGAAGACACAAUGAACAGCCCGGUCUUUGUGGUCUAAGUAAUUUGGGAAAUACAUGUUUCAUGAAUUCAGCAAUUCAAUGUCUCAGCAAUACACCUCCACUCACAGAAUAUUUCCUUAAUGAUAAAUAUCAAGAAGAGCUAAACUAUGACAAUCCAUUAGGAAUGAGAGGUGAAAUUGCAAAAUCUUAUGCAGAGCUCAUCAAGCAGAUGUGGUCAGGAAAAUACAGCUAUGUCACUCCAAGAGCUUUUAAGACACAGGUAGGACGAUUUGCACCCCAGUUUUCAGGGUAUCAGCAACAAGACUGCCAAGAAUUGCUGGCCUUUCUUCUAGAUGGUUUGCAUGAGGAUUUAAAUCGUAUUAGAAAAAAGCCUUAUAUUCAGCUAAAAGAUGCUGAUGGAAGACCAGAUAAGGUGGUUGCUGAAGAAGCUUGGGAGAACCAUUUGAAACGAAAUGAUUCCAUCAUUGUAGAUAUAUUUCAUGGACUCUUUAAAUCAACUCUAGUUUGUCCAGAAUGUGCCAAGAUCUCUGUAACAUUUGAUCCCUUUUGUUAUUUAACUCUCCCUCUACCUAUGAAAAAAGAACGUAGUUUGGAAGUUUAUUUAGUUAGACUGGAUCCACUUUCCAAACCCAUGCAGUACAAAGUAGUAGUACCAAAAAUUGGAAAUAUACAGGAUCUCUGCAUCGCAUUAUCAACUUUGGCAGGUGUUGCUGCAGAUAAGAUGAUCGUUACUGAUAUAUAUAAUCAUAGGUUUCAUAGAAUAUUUGCAAUGGAUGAAAAUCUAACUAGUAUUAUGGAACGUGAUGACAUUUAUGUAUUUGAAAUUGCUAUCAACAGAACUGAAGAUACAGAGCAAGUUGUAAUUCCAGUUUGUUUAAGGGAAAAGUUUCGUCAUAGUGGUUAUAGCCAUCAUAGUGGUUCAACACAUUUUGGACAACCUUUCCUUAUAGCAGUGCCUAGAAAUAACACUGAAGAUAAACUGUAUAACCUUCUGCUAUUAAGAAUGUGUCGAUAUGUGAAAACCUCUGCUGAAACAGAAGACAGUGAAGCAUCUCUCCAGUGCUGCAAGGACAAUAGUAUCAAUGGUAAUGGUCCAAAUGGAAUUCAUGAAGAAGGAUCUCCAAGUGAGAUGGAAACUGAUGAACAAGAUGAUGAAUCUAGCCAAGAUCAAGAACUGCCUUCUGAAAAUGAAAACAGUCAGUCAGAAGAUUCUGUUGGAGGCGAUAAUGAUUCUGAAAAUGGAUUAUGCACAGAGGAUUCCUGCAAGGAUCAAUUUAUAGGGCACAAAAAACGAUUGUUCACAUUCCAGUUCAACAGUUUAGGCAAUACAGACAUCAAUUAUGUCAAAGAUGAUACCAGACAUAUACGAUUUGAUGACAGACAACUUAGACUAGAUGAAAGAUCUUUCUUGGCUUUGGAUUGGGACCCUGAAUUCAAAAAGAGAUACUUUGAUGAAAAUGCUGCCGAGGAUUUUGAAAAACAUGAAAGUGUGGAAUAUAGACCUCCAAAAAAACCAUUUGUAAAAUUAAAAGAUUGCAUUGAGUUAUUUACAACUAAAGAAAAGUUGGGUGCUGAAGAUCCAUGGUAUUGCCCAAACUGUAAAGAACACCAGCAAGCUACCAAGAAACUAGAUUUGUGGUCGCUACCACCAGUACUGGUGGUGCAUCUAAAACGUUUUUCUUAUAGCAGAUACAUGAGAGAUAAAUUGGAUACAUUGGUUGACUUUCCAAUAAAUGAUUUGGAUAUGUCUGAAUUCCUAAUUAAUCCAAAUGCUGGACCUUGUCGCUAUAAUUUGAUUGCAGUGUCAAAUCAUUAUGGAGGCAUGGGAGGAGGGCAUUAUACUGCUUUUGCAAAAAAUAAAGAUGAUGGGAAAUGGUACUACUUUGAUGAUAGCAGUGUGUCAACUGCAUCCGAAGAACAAAUUGUGUCCAAAGCAGCCUAUGUGCUCUUCUAUCAAAGACAAGACACAAUCAGUGGAACUGGUUUUUUCCCUCUUGAUCGGGAAACUAAAGAUGCUUCUGCUGCUACAGGCAUUCCAUUAGAGAGUGAUGAAGACAGUAAUGAGAAUGACAAUGAUAUAGAGAAUGAAAAUUGUAUGCACACUAAUUAAUCGAAGAACUAGAAGCCAUACAGAGAAGAACUUCCUGAUGGGAGCUCUCGAUUAAAAAAAUGAAAUUAUCCACCAAAUUAAAAAUAAAAUCUGAGAUGGGAAAUUUCAGAUGACAGAAUGUAAAUCCUUGUUAUAUUUUAACUUGUGCAGUACCUGAAGUGAAACACAAUGAAAACAUUAGAAUGUGUCUCUAAUAUCUUUGCAAACUUGUAUUCACAAGCUAUAUAGGAAAUAAAAACCCCUUUACAAUUUCUGCUGCAAUCUGGAUGAAUUACAGUUUCUUUGUUUUGGAUACAAAAUAAUAUUGACAAUUUGUGGAUUUGUUUUUUUGUGUCAAUACCCCAAGAAUAUUACUGCAGAACCUCUGUUUUUCAAUGGAUGUGUCCUUAGACUAGUAACAAAAAACUGACUAGUAUAUUCAACACAAUGCAGCAGCAUUCUUGGAAUGUCAGAUUUUUAAGUAUCUCCCUCAAAUGUUGAUUGAAAAGAAACUUAAUCAUGAUAAAAUGACUUGGAAAAGGUGUUUUAACCUUUUGUAAUAAAAGUAAUCUUCCAGAAUAUUAUGUUCAUCUUACUACUGCUGUGGAACAGGUUCUGGAUUUCAUGCUGCAUUAAGGAAUUGAAUAUUUCAAUUAAAUGUUAAAUAUCCCUCAUUGCUUGUUGGAUCUACUUUGUAAACAUAAUUCCUGUUAUCUUGUUUAUAAGAUGUGCGUAACUUUAAUCUGGUGUCAGUCCAAAAAUUUUAACUGUGCUGUAAGUCCUUCUCUUCCUCCCCAUUUUUAGUAGUUUGACAGUUUACAAACUACAUACAGUGUAAUAGAUUCCAAUUUUUAAUAGUAUACUGUAUUCAUAGUAAUGACUGUGCAUCAAGCUUAGAUGACUUUUCCAUAUAACUUGCCUUCAAAUUUGUUAAUGGGCAACUGGUUCAAAGGUAAGUCUGCUAAUUUUUCAUGUGCAUUGGUGAAUUCACCAUAGCCUUACAUCUUAUCUCAAAAGGUAACUUUGCUUAAUAUAGAAGAAUUGGCAUUUGCAUGUUCAAGAGUCAGAACCUGUACAGUAAGUAGAUAAAGUAUAUAUACCUUGAAUUGGGUUUAAAUCGUGUUGAAAGAGUAUGGGAUGCCAAAAAUAAGUGUGACCAUUCGAAACUUUUUUGUUUGCCAUUUUCCCUUUGAUAGUUGAAGAAAAGUAUUGUUGAACCAUAUACAAUACUGUCUUUGACAGAAACUCUCUACCUGUGGAGGCACACUUCACAUAUCUACUACCUAAGGUCCCACCAUUGUUAAAGCAAAAAGUAUGAUCUUCACUUGAACUAAGCAAAUACAAUAGGUUAUAAAUUGUGUAUUGUAAAUAAAGUUCACUCUGUGAGUGCACAUUUUGGUAAAUUAUUUAUUUAUGUUAGCAUUUAAAAUUUUAAAAUUGCAUUUGACCAGGAUAAAAUUUGGUUUGUGGACAUGGCUUUGCUUUAUACUUUGAUAUUAAAAGCUGGUGUUUAAUCCUGGUAUUUUAAAGCUGCUUUUUUUUUUCAAUGUAAGCUAGCCUCCUGCAUGACAGAGGUUGAAAAUUGUCUGCACUUGAGUUCACUUGGGUUUACAUUUGAAAUGCGCAUGUUUUAUUUAUAAAAAUUUCAAUAAAGCUAUUCAAUGCCUUA